GAUCCUCACACAGAGCAGCCAGCAGAGACGAGGGAUCAAGGCGCAGAUUAGCGCCAGUUGCCUUCUGCGGAACAGCUCGCCCCUUCCAGGCCUGGCGACCGUGGAGGGAGGGGAAAGGCGAACCGCGCACCGCUGCGGGAAGACACCGAAGCAAGAGAGACACCCCCGCCCGCCCCCCACCUUGCAGCGCAGGCUUUUGAACGCUGCUUCCCCCAUCUGAAUGGAAACUCGGAACCGCCCGGCGGCGCUUUCCUCCUCGCUCAGCCUGUCAAUCCAUGCCGAGAGGAAGGCGGUGCAAGCCCGCGCCAGCAGCGUCCAGCUCCCGGGACAGGGUCGGCAAUGCUGCUGAGCAGAACUUGAUCGCGCCUCUUCGUCGCUGCUAGUGGAAGCGAUGCUGCACCGCACAGGCAGCGCUUCCCCGGCUCUCCUUCAAGCUGAAGGUUACCCACCCGCGCAGCCAGCCGCAACCUUGUGAGCCGCGCGCGCCUCGGGGUCGGGGCUCCGGCUGCUCCGCGGCGGCGUGCAGGGGCAACCACCGGGCCGCCCGCGCCGGGGCGCACUGCACCAGCGGCUUCGGCUUGGUGGAUGUGUAUGCAUGAGUUCUGCACCGAAUGGGCGCAAAAAGCGCCCCAGCCGGUCCACCCGCUCCUCGAUCUUCCAGAUCAGCAAGCCUCCGCUGCAGAGCGGGGAUUGGGAGCGCAGGGGCAGCGGCUCCGAAAGCGCCCACAAAACCCAACGAGCCCUGGACGACUGCAAGAUGCUUGUCCAAGAGUUCAACACACAAGUGGCCCUGUACCGAGAGUUGGUCAUUUCUAUUGGGGACGUCUCGGUCAGUUGCCCCUCACUCCGGGCGGAAAUGCACAAGACAAGAACCAAAGGCUGUGAAAUGGCCCGUCAGGCACACCAGAAGCUGGCUGCCAUCUCAGGCCCGGAAGAUGGCGAGAUCCAUCCCGAAAUCUGCCGGCUUUACAUCCAGCUGCAGUGUUGCCUAGAGAUGUACACAACGGAGAUGCUGAAAUCCAUUUGUCUGCUGGGGUCUCUUCAGUUCCAUCGAAAAGGAAAGGAAGCUAGUGGAGGAGCGAAGAGUUUGGACAACAAAAUUGAGGAGAAUGCUGAAACACCUGCCCUGGAGGACUCUUCAUCCCCUCUAGAUAGCCAGCAGCAGUCCUGGCAGGUUUCCACAGACAUCGAGAAUACUGAAAGAGACAUGCGAGAAAUGAAAAACCUCCUAAGCAAACUCAGGGAAACCAUGCCUUUACCGCUGAAAAAUCAAGACGACAGCAGCCUUCUGAAUCUAACUCCCUACCCCAUGGUAAGAAGACGGAAGAGAAGGUUCUUCGGGUUGUGUUGUCUUGUCUCAAGCUAGGUGGUUCCCCCUGGAAACUCACAGCCAAGAUCACCUGAAAAACACCCCAGAGCUGGAAGCCUCCACACAGCGGAACACCGAGAAUGGUUUUGGCCACCUUUUCUAUGCUUCCUUAUUACUUUUAUCCGCCUCUCCCUGCCCUUUUAAAUGAUUUUACACUUGAAAGCAGCUGCCAUCAAGGAAAAAAAAAAGAA